GUAUCGUCAUUUUUUCAGUCUUUAUUUUACUGCAGUAACUUCCAGAACAUCAACAAUAAUUCUUGAAAAAAACAUGAUGAUAAUUAAAUUUGAGACUGAACAGGAACUUACUGUGGAGCUGAAAGGUGAAAAACUGCCACAAAAACAUCCAAAUCUACUAAUCGAAGUUGAAAGUGGAGAAAUUGUUAAAAAUGACAAACCAAAAAUUGUAAAAAUUGAGUUCAUUCCUCGAAAAACUAAAAUCAAAUGUGAAUAUUGCAACCGCAAGUACAAGACAAAGAAUAACUAUAACAAGCAUUUGAAAGAUCAUAAAGUAGAUGGUAAGCUACCAAAAAUUGUCCCCAUUAAAUCACUAAAACAUAAAAAGUCAUCUGAAAACAAUUUCUCAUGUGAUUUAUGCGGCAAACAAUGGCAAACAAAGCAACAGAUAGUAUCGCACAUCAAAACAGGUCACAUGUUUUUUUCGGAAUGUCCAAUUUGUAAUAAAAAAUUACGUUAUGGUGGAUAUAAUUUACACCUCAUAUCUCAUAUGACUGAAAAGAAUUUCAAAUGUAAAGUGUGUGAUAAAAAGUUUAAAGCACCAAACGAUGUCAAAACUCAUCUGAAAACUCACAAUAAACAGUUUGAAUGUAGAACUUGUGGUAAUAAAUUUGCCAAAAAGAAAAGUUUAAUUAAUCAUGAACAAAUACACCAAAAAAAGGAUUCAACAGUCUUGGAAUGUAAAUUUUGUGGAAUGAGAUUUAAGUAUUUAAAUCAUCUAAACAGGCAUCAAAAAAACCAUAAAGAAAAGUCAACAAAGUCUUUGAAAUGCUUAAGAUGCAACUUCUCUACUGAUAAUAAAAGAAAUUUUUUAAAACAUCAGAAAAACCACGAGUUGAAGGACAAAAAGGCAGCACAAAUUAAAAAUCCAAUAAAUUGUGAAAAAUGUCCAGCAGUUUUAAGGAACAAGCAAGCUUUGAGAUGUCACAUGAUCAAUUGUCAUCCAAUUGCUCCAUAUGAAUGUGAUCUUUGCGGACGCGUCAUUAAUGCCAGAACUAAUUUCAUCAAGCACAUCAAUUAUCAUUUAAACAUGAAAAAGUUGCAAGUAGAUUAA